AGCAACUCAUGCGCUCUAGGGGUCUGCCCACCCCCCGACUGGCUUCCCUCUUGUGGUUUCUCAAGCCCCACCCUCACACCCUCUACCUUCAUCUGCACGGCUUCCGCCCUCCACACCACUUCAGACUGCACUGCCAUGGCUCUGACUGCCCAUCCCUCCUGCCUCCUGGCCCUGCUGGUGGCAGGCCUAGCCCAAGGCAUCAGAGGCUCCCUUACGGCCCAGGACCUAGGUCCCCAGCCACUGGAGCUGAAAGAGGCCUUCAAGUUUUUCCAGAUCCAGUUCAACCGGAGCUACUUGACCCCAGAAGAGCACGCUCGCCGCCUGGACAUCUUUGCUCACAACCUGGUGCAGGCUCAGCGGCUGCAGGAGGAGGACUUGGGCACAGCUGAGUUUGGGGUGACUCCAUUCAGUGACCUCACAGAGGAGGAGUUUGGCCAGCUCUAUGGGCAUCAGAGGGCAGCUGGAGGGGUACCCAGCAUGAGCAGAGUGGUAGGGUCUGAAGAGCCAGAGGAGUCAGUGCCUCACACCUGUGACUGGCGGAAGGUAGCCGGAGCCAUCUCAUUCAUCAGGAACCAGGGAAACUGCCUAUGCUGCUGGGCCAUGGCAGCGGCAGGCAACAUCGAGGCACUGUGGAGCAUCAAUUUCUUGAAGUUCGUGAACGUCUCUGUACAGGAGCUGCUGGACUGUGGCCGCUGUGGGGAUGGCUGCCAUGGAGGCUACGUCUGGGACGCAUUCUCAACUGUCCUCAAGAACAGCGGUGUGGCCAGUGAAAGUGACUACCCGUUCCAGGCCAACUUCAGACCCCACAGGUGCCACGCCAAGACGUACAACAAAGUGGCUUGGAUCAUGGACUUCAUCUUUCUGCCGGACGACGAACAGAGAAUUGCCCAGUACCUGGCCACUUACGGCCCCAUCACAGUGACCAUCAACGCAAAGCACCUGCAGCUAUACCAGAAAGGUGUGAUCAAGGCCAGGCCCACCACCUGUGACCCCCAGUUUGUGGACCACAGUGUCCUGCUGGUGGGUUUUGGCAGCGAAAAGUCAGAGGGGAUGGGGGCAAAGACAGUCUCAUCCCAGUCUCGGCAUCCACGCUCCACCCCAUACUGGAUCCUGAAGAACUCCUGGGGGGCCCAAUGGGGAGAGGAGGUGAGUGUGAUCUAUUGGUGGAGGGGGGGCGCAGAACAGGCCUCUUCCCACCUGCCCGCCCCCCUGUCCCCUAAUCUCCUAGGGCUAUUUCCGGCUGCACCGAGGGAGCAAUACCUGUGGAAUCACCAAGUACCCAGUCACUGCCCGCGUGCAAAAACCAAAUGUGAAGCCCCAAUUCUCUUGCCCUCCCUGAACCCACCUGGCCCCUCAGCUCUGUCUUGUUAGGCCAACUGCCUCCUUGCCAGCCCCAUCCCCAGGUUUUUGCCCAUCCUCGCAAUCUUCUCAAUAUGGCCUAAAUAAACCAAGACAAGAUCUCUG